GAAUUCUGCAAAUACAAGGUGGGGCAGAGCCGACUGACGAGUUUGGAGGGGGCACUGCUCAGCCUGUGGUGGGAGUAGGCAGGCUCGGUGGGCGUCAUUGUACAGUCCCGGGACUCGGGAGAAUAGUUUUUAGUGUGCAUCAUGAUUUGGACGUGAGAGCAUCGCGGUUAUGUUGUUCGCGCUUUUUACGAAAAUCAACAUUCGAUUAUCGCAGUUCAACGGGCGUUUCGACGACAUUUUAACAUUCCUGUCCACAAACCCGUCCCAUCUGUGAACUCUAUCAGAGAGUGGGUUCGUCAACUCGAGAAAACUGGUAGUACACGACAAGAAAGAAGACAUGGCGCACCAAGAACAGUGAGAACUCCCGAAAAUAUUGAAAUUGUGAGAGCAGCAGUCGAGCAAUCACCCAGGCGUUCUGCACGCAGGCAUGCAAUAGCUUUGGGGAUGUCCAGCCGUUCAAUUAGGAGGAUUCUUCAUGAACAUUUGUUUUUUCAUCCAUAUAAAAUCAUGAUUGUGCAAAAAUUAAAUGCCGCCGAUUUUUUGAACCGUAAAAAUUGUUGCAAGGAAAUGCUUCAACGCAUCCCGGCAAUGGCGACUCUUUUCUGCAGUGACGAGGCUCAUUUUCAUCUGUGUGGAGCUGUCAACAAACAAAACUUCCGGUACUGGGCAGCAAAUAACCCUCGACAACUUCAUGAAAGACCACUUAAUUCACCAAAAGUGACAGUUUGGUGUGCCGUUUCUCAAUUUGGAGUGAUAGGGCCAUACUUCUUCGAAGAUGACAACAUCGCCGUCACUGUCACCUCCGAGCGUUAUGUCACAAUGUUACAAACGUUUUUGCAACCCAAAUUGGAAGAACUUGCUGAGGAACAAGACUUGGGGGAAAUAUGGUUUCAGCAGGAUGGGGCUACAGCCCACACAGCGCGCAUUUCAAUGGAUUUGUUGAGAGAAAUGUUCCCAGGGCGACUUAUCUCUCUGAGGGGGGACGUGAAGUGGCCGGCACGCUCACCCGAUUUGAGUGUCUGUGACUUUUUCCUGUACCCCCUACCUCAAAGAAAAGGUUUUCAAACAUCGCCCACACACUUUGGAAGAGCUUAAGGAGAAAAUCAGGGAUGAGAUUCAGGCCUUACCAGUGGCAAUAUGCCAAAAUGCGUUUGAAAAUUUCAAAAAUAGGCUACAUCAGUGUAUAGCUGCUGAUGGCCGCCAUUUAACCGAUAUAAUUUUCAAAAACUAACACUAAAAACUAUUUUUCGAGCUGUAUUCAAUACCGUAAACCAAACCAUUUU